GUUUCCGGCGGCGCCGGCGCCAUCUUGUAGGGACCUGCGACCGAGUGGGAGUGGAGUGGGGCGGCCGUUGUUGCCGACUCUUCCCUUCUCCCCACGCUCCGGUCAGCGGGUUAGUUAGGCCUUCGGUCCUCAAGGCGAGACUUGUCACUUGUUUAGUUCUGGGGAGCGCCUGGCCGACAUGAGUGAUGUAGAGGAGAACAACUUCGAGGGCAGAGAGUCUCGCUCUCAGUCAAAAUCUCCAACGGGAACUCCUGCUCGUGUAAAAUCGGAGAGCAGGUCAGGAUCUCGUAGUCCAUCAAGGGUUUCCAAACAUUCUGAAUCCCAUUCUCGAUCAAGAUCAAAAUCCAGGUCGAGGUCAAGGAGGCAUUCUCAUAGACGUUACAGCCGAUCCAGAUCCCAUUCUCACUCUCAUAGGAGACGAUCUCGAAGUAGGUCAUAUACACCAGAAUACCGGCGUCGAAGGAGCCGAAGUCAUUCUCCAAUGUCUAACCGGAGAAGACAUACAGGCAGCAGGGCAAAUCCAGAUCCCAACACUUGUCUUGGAGUGUUUGGCCUCAGUUUGUAUACAACAGAGAGAGAUCUUCGUGAAGUAUUUUCUCGAUAUGGACCAUUGAGUGGUGUCAAUGUGGUUUAUGAUCAGCGAACUGGACGAUCACGAGGAUUUGCUUUUGUCUAUUUUGAAAGAAUAGAUGACUCAAAGGAGGCUAUGGAAAGGGCAAAUGGAAUGGAGCUGGAUGGCAGAAGAAUUCGUGUGGACUAUUCUAUCACCAAGAGAGCACACACCCCUACACCAGGCAUCUACAUGGGCAGACCAACUCAUAGUGGUGGUGGUGGAGGCGGAGGCGGUGGUGGAGGCGGAGGAGGCGGCAGACGUCGAGAUUCUUACUAUGAAAGAGGAUAUGAGCGUGGUUAUGACAGAUAUGAAGACUACGAGUACCGAUACAGAAGAAGAUCACCUUCUCCUUACUAUAGCCGAUACAGAUCACGAUCAAGAUCUCGUUCCUACAGCCCAAGACGCUAUUGAUGAAGAGAAUGAUUACAUUUGAGGAUAUCUUUUUCUCUUUUGUUGUUUAAUUCUGGAUUUCCCUGAGCUUCUAAUUCUUCCUACUUAAAAAGAACCCGAAAAAAAUCUUUGGUUUAUUUAGCGUCUACACUUUGUCAAUUGCAUUGGUGUUUUCCACCCCUUUUAUUAUACUCUUAAAGAUCUAAUUGUCAUUUUGAGUAGUUAAAACAUCUUGAGUAAAAAAAAAAGGAACCCCCAUUGUUACACUUUGGGUUGUUUGUUGUUUUGUUUUUGCUUUUACAGAAAAUUAAAUCUUGGCUAUUCAAAAGAGGAAAGAAAUGAUCUUUUUAAAGCUUCUUUUUUGUUAGAUACUAUAUUAGAAAUCUACAUUUGUGACAAAAUCCUUUUAUAACUUUCUUUUGGAGAAAAUAGUAACACAAAGUAGUUCAGUCAUGUCAAUUUUGUCUGGGGUGGCACAGAGCAGUCAAAUAGUUGAGUGUAGAAAGUUUGAAGCUAUAAAACAGUUGGUCGUUUCUUUUGAAAAUGAAAAUUUAGAACCUUAAAACGGGCAUCAUUUUUUUUAGAAAUGGAAAGCUUGUGAGCUCCUAUAAAACAUUGUAUUUAAACUACAUCUGUUAAUACUUACAAGCUUCAGUGUGAUUUUUUUGUGUGUUGAACUUAAUUGAAGUUUAAGUAUUCUCUUAAUCAGUGAAGGAUAACCCUUAUUAUUUAUUACUUAGAGCAAUUGUAUACUUUGCUGUUAGAAAUCUUGGUGUGGGACAAUGGUUAAGCAGGCUAUUUAUAGUAUAGAAUCCUUAGAGGAUAUGUGUGGGGAAAAGUCUCCUGGCAAAUAAAAGUUAAUUUCUUUGAAAAUG